AUGAUUAAAGACAUUGGAUGUGAAUGGGUUAUUUUGGGGCAUUCUGAAAGAAGAAACAUUUUCAAAGAAACUGAUGAGGUAAGUGACAUCAACCAGUCAAAAAGGGAUGAAAAUAUUAUCAUUAUACAGGGGUGUGUGGAAAAAGAUCCUUAAUGACUCCUGAUCUGAUAUAGAAUUCUUCCUAUGUUCCACAAUAAAUAUAUAUAAAUCAAAUUAGAAGGAGAAUUUAUAGCAGCCUAUCAGAAGUCACCUAUGGCUAUCUAUUUUAGGGCUAAUUAUAUUUUCUGUCUUGAAAUGUCAGUCUUUGCCAACACUGAAGUCAUGCCAGGCAAGACAUGCUAGGUUAUAAAAUUUAUGCAAAAAUUGCUCAGGUUAUAGCCAAAUAAAUAUGGCAUCACUGAAUAGCCUCAAUAAACCUUGUAAUUCAAGAUAAAAAAUAAAUAUACAGUUUAAAAUGGUUUUAAGCUACAUUGAUUCUUAAUUUCUUUUGUCUGUUAGCCCUCAGUCAUUCAUGUUUAUUAGCAGUGUCAUCAAUUUUCUUUGUCUCUUUACCCUAGUUAUUCAUGAGGUCAAUGAAACUGAGAAUCAAGUUGUUUUGGAACCAUUUUAACCUAAACAACCACCCCCAAGUCUGAUGAAAUUAUAAAUAGAUAUUAAAUACAACUAAGAAAUGCUCGGGAAAAAAAAUCUAAACCCCCAGUGGGUUUCGAACCCACGACCUUCCCGGUACCUGAAUUUUAGUUUGGACAGUGAUGUCUACCUCCCAGCUACAUGUAGCUACAUGUACUAAAAUGAAAAUAUCCCUGCUUUAUGAGUCUUUAUUGGUAAAUUUAUGAAAGGUUAAAAAAAGAGGUUAAAGAUUUGUUUAUAGUGAAAAUAUCCCUUAGCUUAUCCAGCUACAAUGUGCAGUGUAGUUCACAGGCACCCCACUAAAAUAACUAGAGACAAAAUAACCGAAAAUAGGACUGAACAUAUCAGGAUUAAACACCCCAACCGAAAGGAGGCGACCAGUUGGCUUAUUUACAAGCAUGGCCCAGAAUUUGAACUUGGAAGGAUCAAGAACGAAUCCAGCAAGUGAACAGAGCAGGACUCGAACCCGGAAUGCGGGUUUGAUGUACUGACCAUUAGGCUACAGUGCCCCUAGUUAUUAGAUCAGUGCUGCUGAUUUAAUACCCUUUUUUGUACCAUUUUUCUCAGCUUAUAGGAGAGAAGGUAGCACAUGCAUUAUCUGAAGGUUUAAAGGUGAUUGCUUGCAUUGGAGAACUGUUGUCUGAGAGAGAAGCUGGCAAAACUACAGAGGUGGUGUCACGACAGAUCAAAGCAAUAGCUGGUAUGUACUAUUUUUGUUUGCUGAAAAUAACGUCUGCAGUGUAAUGUAGAUUUGUGAAAAAGGAGAGAUUCUAUGGACAGGCAGGUUACCCCACCAAAGAGGGUUACCUCACCUUCCUGGUGUCCCUUAUCUCCAUGUAAACAGGCCUAAGUUUCUGGACUGAGAAAUGUGUAUUAGUAGGAGAACAUUUCCCUAUCUGAUCGAAAAAAAAAAAAAUCAACAACAACGAAGACAACAACAAAAACAGAAAAAGAAUACAGUGAAACCUGUAUUAAGCGGACACCCUCUAUUAAGCGGACAGUAGCUGAAGUCCCCAAAUUUAUUUCCCUUAUUUACUUUAAAUAAAAACCUUUAUUAAGCGGACACCUCUAUUAAGCGGACGCGGACACCUAAAAAGUACCUGAAAGGUUUAUUUCUAUUAUUUCCAACCUGUAUUAAACGGGCACUUGUAAUUAAAUUCCACUACCCAACAUGGCAGACACCGGAAAUGCGAAAGACUGCCACCCACAAAUUUUCAUUUUUUACCUUUAAAAAAGUGACUUGCCGAACUUAUUUGAGUAGUUUCACAGCGUAGUUAUGUUUUCUAUUUCGUUUUGUUUGUAUAGAGCUUGUUUCACUCAUCUGAUUUCUUCAGAUUUGAGUUGCAAUCUAUGUUUAUGGUACUGGUUCACUAAAAUAAAGAAAUUAAUGCAAACGUAUAUCGUCAUAGUCUCUGGGAGUAUUCUAAACGUUUCCACUGUUCAUUUGAAUGGCAUUUGACACCUCGUAUGACGUUACCUAUUGAAACCUGUAGGAGGCGAACACCCUGUAUUAAGCGGACACUACAGCAUUCCCCGAGGGUGUCCGCUUAAUACAGGUUUCACUGUAGAAAAAUUAAGACACUCCUUCACACAUCCUCCCAUUUCAAAGAUUGAAAAAAUGUUGCGCUUUGCACAAUGUGGCCUUUGCCUAGCUUUUUGUUUGUUUUCUGUUCAAGUUUGUAACUCUACAUGUACAUGACUUGUAUGCCCUUAAGUUACCAGUUGUCAUAUAUACAGUCUAUCUGUUGCUAUGUUAAUAAGAGACUUACAUGUAUUCCUGAAGUUGCAUGUUGUCAUCUUUGUGACUCAUUUACUUCUUCUUAUGUGCGUUGCUUACAGACAAUGUUUCUGAUUGGAGUAAAGUGGUGAUAGCUUAUGAACCAGUGUGGGCAAUUGGUACAGGCGUCACUGCCACACCCCAACAGGUAAGAGCCACGAGUAUCACAUAUCGGAUUGGUUCUGUGUCACACUUUGGUGCACUGUGAACAAGUUCGAGGGCUGAAGCGGAAGUGAAUAAGUAGGAGACAGGCCAGGAACCCACUGAGACGGAAAUAAAUAUUCAGGGGCCCGGUUCGACGGAGAUGGUCAAGUUUAACCCAGGAUUAAGCCAAAUUUUAAGCACGGUUUACUUGUCUAAGAACAUGUAACUCAACCUUACAAAAAUAUUAAUACCCUUGAGCCUUUGCUCUGAGAGACAAUAAUGAUAACACAAAAUGUUACACUAAGCAAUGCAUAGGAAGGUAAUACAAAAAGUGGAACAAAAUGUUAAUCCUAGAUUAACGCUAAUCGGCCUUUCAGGAACUGGGGUCAGGAGUGAGAAUUGGGAUUUGGUUCACCAAACCCUUUCGGCCAAUUGCAACCGCUCCGGCACAGAGCUCGAUGUGCAUGAACGAUUUGUUCCAGUCAUCUGCCGUUGCUAUUCACGAACAAAAAACAAAAGAAAGUGAGAUUUGUGGGAAGUUUCUUGAUGUUGGGGUUAGGUGCAAUCACCAAGUGAAGUAAUACCAGUACACAACAUUGAAAAGACGCUGGACGUGUCUUCAAUAAUUUAUGCCAAAAAUUUUCGCUUCAAUACAACAUUGAAAAGACGCUGGACGUGUCUUCAAUGAUUUAUGCCAAAAAUUGUCGCUUCAAUGAUUCUGGCGCUACGCGAUUCUCGUCGCACAGGAAACGAGACGCGACUGGUGACUCACUUUUGAGCGGUACUGUAAGCCACAACACAGUUCGCUACUCUGAGGUUGCGCGGGAGACCGGGUCGAGAUGGUUGUCAAGUGCAUUGUGGGACUGUUUUGGGGACGAAUUUUCAACGUGGCGACAAAUUCGUCACCCAAAACAGUCCCACAAUGCACUUUGACAACCAUCUCAACCCGGUCACCCGUAUCUUUCUUUCCUGUGGUUGUCAUUUCCUUUAUUGAUUGCAGGCUCAAGAGGUACAUCAUCAGCUUAGAGGUUGGCUCAAAGAAAAUGUGUCAGCGGCUAUCGCUAGUUCAACGAGAAUUAUCUAUGGUGGUAAGUGAGCCAGUACGCGACAUCUCUGGUUUCCCCGCAACAAUAGAGAGCUUUAGAUUCUAAGACGAGGACGACUACGACUACGAGAUUUCAUUUUCUCAAUACUGAGUAGAGACCUUUAGAUUCUGAGACGAGUACGAGUACGACUAUGAGUAGGAGAUUUUCUCAAUACUAAGUAGGGCUCGCGCGUGAACCAGCGUCAGUUUGGCGGGAAAACAUGACUGCCGUCGUCAUUCUUCUACGAGUUUUUGCGAGAAUGUCGUGGUAACGGAAACAAAUUAUAAAGUGUUAGAGGUUUCAUCAUUUUGCGGCCGGGAGGUGGCUUAAGGUCUUUCAGUAAGGAUAACAGGGCUAUUUUUAGUGAAAAAGAAGUGCAAUGAAGCUUUUCGGGUGUCUAUAAUUUCAGAAUACGCGAAAAAACUUCAAGUCAAAUCUUGUUCUCAGCUCGUAGUCGUUCUCGUCCUAGAAUCUAAAGGUCUCUAGUAUUGCUCACUCGUGAACCAGCGUCAUUUUGGCGGGAAAACGUGAUACCCGUCAUCAUUCAACCACGAGUUUUAGCGAGAUUAGAGAGCAUUAGAUUCGAGGACGAGGACGACAUUUCAUUUUAAGCUUUCUCGCCUGUUCUCUCAAAAGACACCCCGGAAAGCGUCAUUGCCCGGGGGGGUACUUUAGGAAUUACUGGGUGGGGAUGUGCCGCUGCAACCCUGGAACUCUUGACCUGUACCAGAGCUAGUUCAGCUGAAUUUUGCUACCCUAUACUAGAGUAAACUCCCCAAAUCCCCCCUAUCCUAGAGUAGCUGUUUUCCAGAAACUACUGAGGUCACUAGCACAGUCUAGUCAAAACAAAACCUUAUACCACAGUCCCUAGUCUAGAUAAAAUCUUCAACUAACUGAUCAGUUUCCUGAAAAAUGCUAACUAAUGUUUUUAGACCCAAACGCUCCCAUUUUUAUACCCUAUCCUAGAGUAAACUGCUUGAAAACCAUACCCUUGACAGCUGAUUGAUCAAGCAAAUUUUCAAUCAAUCAGAAGCACAACCGAGGUUACCAAACGGAAGGGAAAAAUCAUCUAGCAACAAACUUGAACUUGUCAUAGUGCCAACCACUCUUCCAAAGUCAAACUUUUUCUGUAUGAUUUGCAUAUUCAUAUUACGCGCGUUAUAAAAGAUCCAUUGUCCAGUUGUCCCUAGUUAUUUUCGUUAUUGUAACGUACAUUUUUAUAUACCUAUUGCAUUUUUGUAUAUAGUAAAUUUUAUUUAAAUGUUUCUGCUUCUUGUACAUAUUCUUGUAUAUUUUUACUUACUAAUUUUUUAAAGGGCCGUAAGUUAGGAAUCGUAAGAGGCAUUUACGUCUCCUUCUUGAAUUGAAGUUAUUGUAUUGUACUGCGGGAUAAUUAAUGACCAAAAAUGAUAAAUCAAGCUGUCAUCAGGGGCACCCUACGACUGUUUUCUGUAAAAUAUAUGUUCGGAGAAGCAAAUAUUCAUUAGAAUUUUCGGAUCAUUACGUUUCUACCCCACCCAUCUAACUUAUUUUUCUUCACUCACAAACUUCAGGUUCUGUGAACGCGAAAAACUGUCAAGAGCUUGCUAAAGAAGGUGACGUGGAUGGUUUUCUUGUAGGAGGUGCGUCCUUGAAACCUGAGUUCGUUCAGAUAGUUAAUGCAAGGCUGUGAAAUCACUAAACGUCUACAAUACUCUGUCAUGAGAGGAGCUUGUAAACCACCUAAGAAAAUCAGGAGAAAAAUCUUGUACUAGGAUGUUAGAGAAUAAAGUUUAAGAGUAUAAGUGUGCAAGCUGUAUUUUCUUUUUUGAUACAGUGCCUUGUGUAUUUUUUUCAUUUUUUUUCCGUAUCACUAAUAUGAUUUUGUUAUUACGUUUCGAGAUAAUUGAGUAUUAUUAUUUAUAUAUUUUAUUGUGAUUUUUGUUUUUAAAAACUUUUCUGAGGACCACAAAUUUAUUAGUCUAUGGCUAUUACGUGCUACCCUCUUCAAAUAAAGGCUCUACUAAUUGAGUUCAAUCCUGGACAUAAUGGUUUUAUUAAAAACUGAAUCAUUGGAUAAUGCAAUUCUAGAGCUCUGAUUGGCUUAGCCAUCAUGGUGUAUGGGCCAUUAUACCAUGCACUCCAAAUAUGGUAAGUGUACGCGUCUGCUUAAAAUUAAAAACAAGCUAAAAAAUCGGUUGUUUUUACAAAUAAAGUCGGGAAAAAUUAUCGAUAUUUUGUGGGCAUUUUUAAUUAAACAAUUAUUCCACUUGUUGGAUGUGAGAUGAUUAUCGCCCCUAUGAUUAUAGCCAACUCGGUUCUAGGCGCCUCGUUGGCUAUCUGUCAUCUCAUAUCCAACGCGCACUCGUGGAAUAAUUGUUACUAAAAUCCAACUAAUGGUCCCCGAUUAUCAAUGCUGCGUUCUGAUUGGUUGAGCUACUACUAGGCUAUAUGUUAUAGCCCACUAGUAGCGAAACGCGGGCUAUUUGGCGGCAAAAAAGGAUUUAAGUCUAGCAUUAACUAGCUAAAAAUUUUUUAUUCUCGAUAUUUUUGACCAACUAGUUGGAUUUUAAACUAACACAAUUAUUCCUCUCGCCCUCAUGGCCUCUGAGUCAUAACCCAUUCGGCCUUCGGCCUCAUAGGCUAUUGACUCAGAGCCCAUUCGGGCUCGAGGAAUAAUUGUUAAAUAUAUUUUGGAAGAAGGAGAAUUCUUACACAAGAAAUCUCAGAAAAAGUUCCUAGCUCGAAGGUAGUUCAGACGCUCUAACCACUGAGCUACUACAGGCUCUAUGGCGAACAGGGUCGAAAUUUAAUUAUAACUACACNAUUAUCAAUGCUGCGUUCUGAUUGGUUGAGCUACUACUAGGCUAUAUGUUAUAGCCCACUAGUAGCGAAACGCGGGCUUUUUGGCGGCAAAAAAGGAUUUAAGUCUAGCAUUAACUAGCUAAAACUUUUUUAUUCUCGAUAUUUUUGACCAACUAGUUGGAUUUUAAACUAAAACAAUUAUUCCUCUCGCCCUCAUGGCCUCUGAGUCAUAACCCAUUCGGCGCUCGGCCUCAUAGGCUAUUGACUCAGAGCCCAUUCGGGCUCGAGGAAUAAUUGUUAAAUAUAUUGUGGAAGAAGGAGAAUUCUUACACAAGAAAUCUCAGAAAAAGUUCCUAGCUCGAAGGUAGUUCAGACGCUCUAACCACUGAGCUACUACAGGCUCUAUGGCGAACAGGGUCGAAAUUUAAUUAUAACUACACCAGUCACACAGGAUAUGUUUGAGGUAAACCGGAAAAGGACAUUUCUAUGUUUGGACGCUAAUGAUGAUACUCUGUUAUCAAGAAAUAAAUGACGUGAAUAGUCCUGAGUGACGUGCGUAGCAACAAAAAACAGCCUUUUGUGGUUUUGUUGUUAAAUUGUUUGUUUGUUUGUCUUUGGUCAAGCGGGUUUGUUUGACGUUUUACAACCCACCAAAAUUGAAGAAGGUAGAUAUUGCUUUGUUAAUGGCCUUUUAACGAGCUAUCUCACGUUUUGUAAACAAAGUUUUUGUUGUUAAAAUGAGGCCAACAAAAAUCCCAUUUUUCAGGAGUCUAUAAGCCUAUGAUUGAUAACAAUAAGUGACGUAACGCGAAUAUCGCUUAUAAUAAGAUCAAGAUCGCGUGAGAUACGUCAGAGAAUUCAUUGGCGGAGCGACAGUUUUGGCUUAAAAAAGAAGGCUUUUUUGCCGAUUUUGAUUUGUGUUCAACAGUAACAUCAGCGACUGAGUGCCUUGGGCUACAUUUAAGGUUUUUACGAGUUGAUUAAAACGAUUUGUCUUCUCUAUCGCACAACUUGAAUUGCAAAUAUUUUUGUAACACUUUUAUAGCGUUUUAAAGUUAGCAGAUUCAGUGGGGAGCCGAGGGGUCCAGGGAUUUUUAUACUGCUAGAAAAAAAUUUUGCGCUCGCUACAUAUGUGGAGGAAGGUAGUAUUCUUUCUGAAAUUUAUACCGCCAUUCAUUGAUUCCAAGUUUCCUGGAUUCCGCCCUACUGAUUAUUUUAAAACGUUUGAGUAAAGUCAACUUGGCAAGAUUGCUCUUUGCACGCUUUCAUGAGUCACGCGGAAAACUUAAGUUGGGGCAUCUAUCACGUCUAUGAAAAAUAAAGAAUAAUUUGCAUUGCAAAACACUCUCCACUAUUUGGUUUGCAUAAUUUAUCAUGGUAUUCAAAUCAGCUCCAUUGUUAAACCGCGUGGCAAAACACAACACAAAAUCAUAACAAACGACGCCAACGUAUGCGGUACGCGGUAUAAGAAAAGUUUUUACCGGUUUUUAAAGAAACUUAUGGCCUCGCCGGUCAGUAAUUUUGAUCAUAUUUUUAGCAAGGAGUCGAUCUGUCCGAUUUGUUUGGAAGAGUAUGUGGAACCGAAGGUUUUACCGUGUCUUCAUAACAUUUGUAAGAAGUGCCUCAAAGAGAUGUUACAUCGUCAUACGCAAACCUUUCACUGUCCGAUUUGUCGCGCUGUUUGUCCUAUACCAGAGCGCGGAGUAGCAGGAUUUCCUACAAAUGACUAUUUAGCUCGACUAAUUCGAGAAUCCCCGGCAAAGAAAGUUAUCCAAGAGAUAAAGAAAGCGCUGAAAGAGUGUAGCGAAAAGCUGGUAAUCGUGCGACGAAUUCAAGACGAAGCUCGCAUCGAUUUGGAAAGGCAAGGAGAGAUGAUCAAGGAGAAAAUUCACGAAGACUUUGAAAAUCUUGUUGACGUUUUGCGAAAGCAAGAAGAACAACUGUGUAGCGAAGUAGACAGUUUGGUUGAAAAAGAAGAGAAGAAACACCCUGCGUGUUUUCUAUCAUUGCAAACAGAAACGUUAUUGACUCACAUCGAAGGUCGCAUAAAGCUUAGAGAUAUACUGGAUAUUGCGAACGACAAAGAACACUUCAUGAACAGAAUCAGAGACGCUAAUGUCGCCUGUACUAAACUGAGUCAUCUGCAUUCUGCGGAAACCGAAAAACCCAAAACUUUGUUUAAGUUUAUAGGCAACAAAGAAGUCCUUCAAUGCGUCAGUGGGAACAUGUUUGGUUUAGUGACUUUGAAGGGACACGAACCUUCAAACACGCUAAUUCAAUCACCUGUUUCAGAGAACUUACAAAGCCUUGAUGUGUUAAAACCGGGUACAAGGUUUCAUUCUUUGGACAUCCCGCAACCUUUCAAGAAAAGAUUUCAGCCUUUUGCUGUCGCUAUGAACGAUGAAGGCAGUAUUGCAGUAAGUGAUCAAGGAAAUCACUCAGUGUUGCUUUACAGCAAAGGAGGGGAGUUUUUAGCUCGAAUUGGUGGUAGAGGUUCAAGCCAAGGGAGUCUUGAAUCGCCGACCGGUGUGACGUUCUUGUCACGGCAUCUGAUCGCUAUCGCCGAUGGUUGCCUAUUCGGGAAUCCAGCGAGAAUUCAAGCGUUCGACAGCUCGGGUCGAUUCACUCGCUGUUUGGUUAAAUUAUACGUGAAUUCUCAUUGGUUCACAAGAGUUUCAGUGGGCAAUAACGACCAGCUGAUAGUGACAUGUACCCCUGUGAUGCCGGGUUAUGAUGCCUGUAUUAAGGUGUUCAACACCAGCGGAGAUGAAGUACUCUGUUUCGGAACAGGACUAUCAGGCAAACUUUUGCAUCCUACCAAAGCUGUCUUGCACAACAACGAGUACUUCGUAUCGGACGUGGACAAAAAGAACAAUCGCUGCAUGGUGAGUGUCUUUGACCAACACGGCAAAUAUCUAAGGGCUUUUGGCGAAUGCAUGCUCAAGAAAGACCCUAACGAGCACGCCUUUUAUCCUCUGGUGAUUGCAUUGGAUGUAGCUGAUUUCAGGGUAUUAGCGUACAGUGGAUUAUACAGACUUGUGCGCUGUUAUUUUCCUAAUGGUGCUUUAGAUUCUUACUAUAAUACACUGGGAGGGGUCACUGAUAUGGCGGUCACGGGGGAUGGGAGAGUGUUUGUUGUUUGUGGAGGUGCUGGGGAGUUUCCUCAUAGUGUGCAAGUAAUUUUUCACUACUAA